GCGCUCUUUAAGCUCCGGUGUCGCCACACAGAGCAGCCAUUCAUCGGCUCCACGGCCAGCCACACACACUCCCGUGGAACCACUGCGCGUCUCCACUCACGGUGUAGCGGAUUUCGAUGCAUAAGAAGAAAAGAAAAAAAAAAAAGGACCUGGACACUUUUACGCAUCAUGACUUCGUAUUAAAAGAGUCCACACUAACCGGGACCAUCGCAAACUCCACAUAGUCCCAUAAAAAAAAAUUCAUUGAAAGUUCUCGUGAAACGAAUUAAGCGGGUUUUUGUUUGUUUUGUUUUGUUUUGUUUUUUUUCCAAAUUAUUUUUGAUUUUGUAAAUGUCCGGAGAGGAGCACAGCAUGUCCGAAGCGGAGCUGAGCCCCGGAGGUUCGGACGACGCUCACUCGCUUUCCCCGGGCCGCGCCGGAGCUCCGCCCGGCCACGACUCACCUCUGACGGGGCCUCCGCCCCAGCUGACGUCGCUGUGCGCGGCGGACGGCUCCGGGGACGACCGCUCCGCCGUCAAGUCGGAGGAGGAGGACGAGCGCUUCCCCAUCGGCAUCCGGGAGGCGGUGAGCCAGGUUCUGGACGGCUACGACUGGACCCUGGUGCCCAUGCCGGUGCGCGUCAACAACGGAAACAAAGCCAAGCCUCACGUCAAGCGGCCCAUGAACGCCUUCAUGGUGUGGGCGCAGGCGGCCAGGAGGAAGCUGGCCGACCAGUACCCCCACCUGCACAACGCCGAGCUCAGCAAGACGCUGGGCAAACUCUGGAGGCUGCUCAACGAGAGCGACAAGAGGCCAUUCAUCGAGGAGGCGGAGAGGCUGAGGAAGCAGCACAAGAAGGACUACCCGGAGUACAAGUACCAGCCGCGGAGGCGCAAGAACGGCAAACUCGCGCCCGCCAACGAGUCGGACAGCCCCGGCGAGGGCGAGGCCGGCCACUCGCAGUCGCACUACAAGAGCCUACAUCUGGAGCACAAUGGCGGCGCGGGAUCACCUCUGGGCGACCUGCACCACCAUCACCACCACCACCACCACCACCCUGCCAGUCAGGGUCACAGCCCCCCCACGCCCCCAACCACCCCAAAGACAGAGCUCCAGUCAAGCAAACUGUCAGACGGCAAGCGAGAGGGGGCAGCGGGAGGGGCCGGAGGAUCCGGGGGCUCCAGGGGGCCCCUGGGCGUAGGCGGCGAAGGGGCAUCCGGCGGCCCUUCGUCAUCGGGCUCCAAGCCCCACAUCGAUUUCGGCACGAUGGACAUCGGCGAGAUCAGCAACGAGGUGAUGUCCAACAUCGAGCCUUUCGACGUCAACGAGUUCGACCAGUACUUGCCCCCCAACGGGCACCCCCAAGGCGCCGCCGGAGGCCCCUCCGCGGGGACCUCGGCCUCGUCCUACGCCUACGCCCUGGCCGCGGCCAGCGGCCACUCGGCCUGGCUCUCCAAGCAGCAGCAGCAGCAGCAGCCUCAGGGCUCGCCCACGUCCUCCGACCACUCCAAGGCCCAGAUCAAAAGCGAGUCCGGGUCCGGGAGCCACUACGCCGAGGCCUCGUCGUCGCCCUCGUCGGGUGCGCACGUCACCUACGCCCCGCUCAGCCUCCCUCACUAUGGCUCUGCUUUCCCCUCGCUGGCCUCCAGGGCUCAGUUUGACUACGGAGACCACCAGGCCCCCGGGGCGUACUACACCCACUCCACUCAGUCCCCCGGGCUGUACUCAGCCUUCUCCUACAUGGGCCCUACACAGAGGCCUCUGUACACCACCAUAGGCGACCCCUCCAGCGUGGCCCCCUCCCACAGCCCCACGCACUGGGAGCAGCCUGUUUACACCACACUCACAAGACCCUGAGGGGGGAGUCCAGGAAUAUAUGGGAAGCGUGUGAGAGCAUCUGUGUGCGUGCGUUUGCUAAUGGGAGUUCGCGUGAUGUGAGCGUGCGUGCGUGCGAUUGUAUGUCUACGCCAUAUCGAUGUAAUAUUAGAGGUUUUUUACUUUUUUUUUUUUUAGCUGGUCAAAUGCAUCCAAGGGGGGUGGCGGGGGGGAGGGCGGCAAGUUGUUCAGCGGGGGCCUGCAGCCAAUCAAAAAGAUACAUUCGAAAGCAAUGCGUGCCAUCAGGAUUGUACGAGUGAAGGUGUACAGCAACUGGAGUGGAGACAAUGGAUUGUUUGAAAUACGACAAACGAUAACCCCGGAGAGAUUCGCAAACUGACGUCAUCCCAUUUAUUAACCAAACUAAAGGACACUUGUUUGUUUGUUUGUUUGUUUUUUGGGAUCUUUUUGUGUUAUUUUAUAUGAGUAGUAUCGUUGAUGUUGCUAUACUAGUGUAACUUUAUUGUGACUGACAUGAUAAUACACUUACACAGCUUCACCACUGCUUCCGGAACACGUUUCGUUCAAAGUUGGCGCCCAAUUUUUGGGUUGUUUUUGGUAACGGCGGCCUUUUUUCUUCGGCGAUAACUCUCGUCUUUCUGUCUGCGUGUUUCUGCGUCUGUAUCCUUUGCUACCUAUUUGAUCUGAAGCGUUUAUGGGAACAAUAGGAAAAAGAGAGGGAAAGAGAGCUCUUCGAAGAUAUUUCACAUUUUUUUGCUCCGUCUUGGACACUUUACCUCAAGUCUCAUUGUCAUUUUGUGCCAAUACACUUUCCAUGCCUGCCCACUUAGAGAAAACUUUGAACUAUCUCACUUUUCUUUCUUACUUUGUAACGAUUUGCUGAAUCAAAUCUGGUUGCUAACAUGUUGUAAUAGAGUGUAGUGCAAAGUUCGAUCCAAUCCCUUGAGAUAAUUGGCCAGCUUUGGGUCCUGCUUAAGGAUUACUUGGAAUCACAUGUACAAUUGUUCUGCAUGUUUUCGACUCCACCGUUGUUCCUAGCGAGCGGACCGAACAGGCUUCCAUACUUCCUCUCUGGCAAUGUGAAUAAUAGUCAUUACCGCGGGCGUUACUUUACGAUAUGUGAUGCAUACUUUCCCAUUUUAUACUGACCCUCUUACCGUGCCGUUUUGUUUUUGCUAUAAGUAUGCCACACCUUUUGCUUCCUCCAUUUAAAAAAAAUAAUUCUCAAUAGUUUUGCAAAGUGUUUGCCAAGUAUUUUGCUUCCUUACAAGAAAAAGCAAUGUUGAAAUAUUAUUGUUGUCAUCUAUUAAAUCAAUUUAUUUAUAAAAAAAAAUAAACUUGUAAGAUCAGUUUAUUUGCUAUUUACCUCAGUAAUAUGUGAAGAAAAUAUAAUGUUAUUUUAUGCAGCAGUCCCAUUUUGACUCUUAACACACGCUGCACUUAGCAAGCGAGGGCCGAGAAAAGUAAAUUAAAAACACGCCGCUGACGUGUGAACUGUAAUAAUAACAAUCGGUGCCCCAGCAGCAUAAGCUGUUUAGUGUGUUUGUAUGCACAGUAGGCUAAAAUGGACUACUAAUUCCUCGCAUUUAAUCGGCUGGGGACGGAGUUUUACUGCAAAAAGACAAAGAGAGCCAUUGAGAGAGCGAGAGGGAUAGAAAGUGAGAGAAGGGGAGGGUGUUAAGAACCGGAGAGCUGGCCAAUUUCAGCCUCUCGGUAUUGGCCUUCUCGCACGCUUGCCUUCUGCGCUGCACCUGAAUAAAUGCAUGUCUGACAAAAUCAACUUCAAGACAGCUUGAGUGAGGCCUUCACGUUAGUUGUACCCCUGUGCCUUUAAUGAGCCAAGCUUGUUUCAACCAGUCGAUGCCGCAGAACAUCCAGUGGUGGUGAUAUUCAUGAUUAUUAUAAUACAUCAUAUCCAGACCAAAAACAUAAAAUAAUAAUAAUAAUCAAAAGCCUGGCACAGAUCCUGUGCCAAAUUGAAAAGAAUGAAUCAAUUUAGCAAGAAACAUGAAAUCGACUCACUUUAUUUUUGACACCUGUGUCCAACACCAUUCGUGACCAAAAUACAUAACACAAACAUUUCUUUAAUACGGAACAUUCGGCUCGACUCAAUGACACCGUACAAUGCAUACAACACAACAGCAAGAAAUGCAAAAGGUCAGUUAAAAUGAUGAACAAAUAUUAGUGAAAGGGAGAAAAAUGAACAGCAAUAAACACAUGAGAUUAACUGGAAUAUGCUGAUUUGAAAAGAUGACUCUUGAGUCUUGAUAAGAAACGAAUGAAUUUAGAACUAAGCAAAAAUAUUAGACUAAAUACAUUUCUAAACACCAUACAGACAGCUUUUUAUGUCAUACUUAGUGACUCAAUUGAAUUAAAAUAUAUCGAAGACUGUUUAUGUGGGGCAGCAUUCUGAGCUAGUGGUUGCCGUGUCUGCCCCACAGUCAAGACGUCCUGGGUUUGAACCUCGGCUAAGUCUUAGUGUGGAGUUUGCGCGUUCUUGCAUGGUUCUCUUCGACUGCUCCGGCUUCCUCCCGCAUCCCAUGCAUGUUAGCUUCGUUGAACACUAAAUUGUCCAAAGGUGUGAAUGCUUGUCUAUAUGUGCCCUGCGUUUGACUGCAGGCGACCAGCCCAGGAUCUACUCUGCCUCUCGCCCCAAGGUCGGCCGGGAUGCACUCCAGUUUAACAGCGACCCAAAUGCGGACAAGAGCUACUGAGUACAGAUAAUGGAUGGAUGAACUACAACCCCGAUUCCAGUGAAGUUGGGACGUUGUAUUAAACAUAAAUAAAAACAGAAUACAAAGAUUUGCAAAUCAUGUUCAACCUAUAUUUCAUUGAAUACACUACAAAGACAAGAUAUCUAAUGUUCAAACUGGUCAACCUUAUUGUUUUUAGCAAAUAAUCAUUAACUUUGAAUUUUGAAAUAGGAAAUAAUCAUUAACUUUGAAUUUUUUGAACACGUUCCAAAAAAGCUGGGACAGGGUCAUGUUUACCACUGUGUUACAUCACCUUUUCUUUUAACAACAUUCAAUAAACGUUUGGGAACUGAGGACACUAAUUGUUGAAGCUUUGUAGGUGGAAUUCUUUCCCAUUCUUGCUUGAUGUACAGCUUCAGCUGUUCAACAGUCCGGGGUCUCCUUUGUCCUAUUUUACGUUUCAUAAUGCGGCAGACAUUUUCAAUGGGAGACAGGUCUGGACUGCAGGCAGGCCAGUCUUGUACCCGCACUCUUUUACUACGAAGCCACGCUGUUGUAACAUGUGCAGAAUGUGGUUUGACAUUGUCUUGCUGAAAUAAGCAGGGGCGUCCAUGAAAAAGACGUUGCUUGGAUGGCAGCACACGUUUCUCCAAAACAUGUAUGCAUGAAUGGUGCCUUCACAGAUGUGUAAGUUACCCAUGUCAUUGGCACUAACACAGCCCCAUGCCAUCACAGAUGCUGGCUUUUGAACUUUGCGUCCAUAACAAUCCUGAUGGUUCUUUUCCUCUUUGGCCCGGAGGACACGACGUCCACAAUUUCCCAAAACAAUUUGAAAUGCGGACUCGUCGGACCACAGAACACUUUUCCACUUCGCGUCAGUCCAUCUUAGAUGAGCUCGGGCCCA